CAUGACUGCUCUACAGGUCCCAGAGAGGUCCAGUCUGUGCCUGAGAUAUAUGCUGAUCCUGAUCACCACAGUUCUCCUGCAAUGCUUCUGUGUGACUGUGGCAUACAUGUACUUCACCCACGAGAUGAAGCAGAUGCAGGACAAGUACUCCAAAAGCGGCAUCGCCUGCAUCUUAAAGGAAGCUAACAGCUCUUGGGACCCCAGUGAUGUGGAGAAUAUGAACGACCCCUGCUGGCAAAUGAUGUGGCAACUACGCCAGUUUGUUAGGAAGAUAAGUUUGAGAACCUAUGAGGAAACCAUUUCUCCAGAUCCAGAAAAGCAACAAAGCGGUCCUCCACUAGUAGCAGGAAAGGGGCUUCAGAGAGUAGCAGCUCACAUAACCGGGACCACUCGGAGCGCAUCCACAUUCCCAGUUCCAAACUCCAAGAAUGAAAACAUUUGGGGCCAUAAAAUAACCUCCUGGGAGUCAUCAAGAAAAGGAUAUUCAUUUUUGAAUAAUUUGCACCUGAGGAAAGGAGAGUUAGUUAUCCAUCAAACAGGGUUCUAUUAUAUCUAUUCCCAGACAUACUUUCGAUUUCUGGAACCUGAGGAUGUUUCAAAAGUAAAGAACAGAAGGAAAAACAAACAAAUGGUGCAAUAUAUUUACAAAGUCACAGCCUAUCCUGACCCUAUACUGCUGAUGAAAAGUGCUAGAAAUAGUUGUUGGUCUGAAGAUGAACAAUAUGGACUCUAUUCCAUCUAUCAAGGUGGAGUAUUUGAGCUUCAAGAAAAUGACAGAAUUUUUGUAUCUGUAACUAAUGUGCAAUUGGUUGACAUGGACCAACAAGCCAGUUUUUUUGGGGCCUUUUUAAUUGGCUAGAUGAUCUGCAACACAUGCUUUUUUAAAAUUCUCACCCAAGGAUACAUUUAUUGAUUUUUAGAGAGAG